AAGUCUCUUACCCAUAGAAGCUCCAUGUGGAAGUCCAUAUGCUGAGGCUGUGUGUUGUGUUCAUCUACCUUUUGCACGGGGUGAAAACAGAUCCUGGGGAGACAUGUCCUGCAUUCACAGCCCUGGGCUUCUGGAGCGCUUUGAUAGGGACAGAGCUGAAAGUGAAGCUGCUGCUCUACACCAGGCAGAACCCGACCUGUGCCGAGGAGCUCCACUCAACAACCUCUGAGUACCUCAACGUGACCAAGAAAACCACCUUCAUCGUCCACGGGUACCGGUUCACAGGCUCUGCCCCCGUCUGGAUCCCCGACCUGCUGCACCUCCUGCUUUCUGCAGAGGACAUGAACAUCAUCCUCGUGGACUGGAAUCAGGGGGCAACAACCCUCAUCUACAAUAAUGCUUCCAGAAAGUGCAAAAGAGUUGCUGAGAUUCUGAAGAAACUUAUUGAUGAAAUGCUGAUUCAUGGAGCAUCCCUUGACUCCAUGCACAUGAUAGGAGUGAGCCUGGGAGCACACAUCUCCGGCUUUGUGGGACAGAUGUUUGGUGGCGCACUUGGAAGAAUCACGGGUGAGCCUUCCCCCGUCAGUCCUUUGGCCUCAAGGCCAGCACAGCACGAGGCAGUGCCACCCACAUGGCUUUGUGUUGCAGGCCUGGACCCAGCGGGGCCCUUGUACCGGGGAACCCCCCCCAGUGAGAGGCUGGACCCCACCGACGCACAGUUUGUCGACGUCAUUCAUUCCGACACCGACGGACUAGGUUACAGAGAAGCACUAGGCCACAUCGACUUCUACCCCAACGGCGGGACCGACCAGCCGGGCUGUCCACUGACAAUAUUUUCUGGAUUGCAGUAUUUUAAAUGUGACCACCAGAGGUCUGUUUUCCUGUUCCUGUCCUCCCUGACACGGAGCUGCAACAUCACAGCGUAUCCCUGCGACUCGUACGGGAAUUACAGGAAUGGCAAAUGUACCAGCUGUGAAACCUUCUGGCCUAUGCCAUGCCCCAUCCUAGGUUAUUAUGCCCAUGAGUGGAAAAGCUAUUUAACACAACAGAGCCAUCCAGUGACAAGGAUGUUUUUCGAUACAGGGGACAAAGAGCCAUUUUGCAUUUAUCACUACUUUGUGGAUAUUAUCACGUGGAACAAAGACACCAGGAGAGGUACGUUCAGCAUCGUACUAGCUGAUGAGACUGGGAAGAAGGCAGAAUCCAAAGUUAAUCCAGAAGCUGCCACCUUCCAGCAGUACAACCAAAUUACUUUGCUCACGGGAUUCGACCAGGAUCUUGAAAACAUAGAGAAAAUUUCCUUGACAUUUUCCACAGGAUCUGUCAUUGGCCCAAAAUUCAAACUCAGGAUUCUCCAAAUGAGGUUCCAGUCACUCACAAACCCAGAAAGGUGAGCAGAGCUCUACAAACAAACCAUUUCUAUUGUUGUAGACUGGACAGAAGCAAAUGAAUCUCCCAGACUGCUGGCCUGGCUGAGUUUGUGCAGAAGAAUUAGAUUUGAUUUCACAUUUAAUAAUUCUCAUGCACAUAUCAUGGGAAUAGAAUCCCACAGCUGAAUACCUACUUGAACACAGAGGCUGUCUUAUCGUACUGAAAACAUGCCACUGGUGACGUGACUCUGAUGUGGUCUGACAUCCUGACCUUUGGUCAGGAAAAUGACCUUUGAGAAGCUGCCCAGGCCUGAACUCCGGGCUGAAGGGAAAUGCAGCUCUCAGGGAAGCAGAGAUGCCCAGCCCCAAAUGCACAUUUUAUAUCCCAGUCAAUUUCUAUGGGCAGUCGAGCAGGGAGAUUAUUUUACUCCUGGAAUUCCAGCAACUGGGAGCUGCUGGCCACUCUGCCCAAAGCCCAAACUGCUGUCCACACCACCAUGAGGUACCUCCCAGAGCACUGCUGCUGAUAUUUCUCCAGCUGCUUCAGUCACCUCUUUAGCCUCUGUCUGCUCUGCAGUCCUACCCCUAAGCUUCCCUGAUUCCUAGGGCACCUUUGGAGGAUGGAAUCUCUGCCUGAGCUCAGCAAGCACAGAAUCUCUUAGGCUGACUUUGUGUGCAAAACCACCAUGUGGACAUCAAGCCAGGCCAUGCUUUAAGUUUGGGUUAAAACAAGGGCUGCAUAUCACAGAGUGAGGAGGGUGAAGCAAAAAUAUUCAGGACUUUUAACACAUUAAGUAAUCAGUCACUGCCAGGGGAGGGAUGCCCUUCCCUCCCUCCUCCCCUCUUCCAGGGCUAAUGCUCAUGUUUUCCCAGUGAAAGCUUAAGUAUUUCCUCUGGUUUUUGGCUGGACUAGCUCCAGGCCAGAUCAAUGCCUGGUCCCAGCUCAGAACAGCAGCAGAAUUCCUCAUGCCGGGAGCAGCAAAGCAGCAGGACCAGGCAAGUGAGCUGGAAGGACCACCUUUUUUGGUGGACACAGAGGUGUGGACUGGUUUAAUGGGAACCAUGGAUCUGCAGGUAAUGCCUGUUUGCUGGGGCUUUUUGCAUUCUGUUUUUCUCACAAGCAAAAGAUCACAUAGAACAGAAGAGAAAAACGCUCAAGGUAUCCCUGCCCUUGGUAAGGCUCACUCACUUUAGGUGGACUAGGAGCUAGUUCUCCUGAGAACACGAGUUAUUUUACAUAUGCCCCCAGCACAUGGCAAGACUCAACUGGAGGAUGACAGGGGAAAAAAAAGCCUUUUUUCACUUUUGGCCCGUGUUUUCACACAGACCCCAGCUGUGCCGAUACGACCUUGUGCUGACGGAGAACACCCAGAGAACCUUCAAGCCCAUCCCGUGCUGAAGCCGAGACCCGAGGA